AUGAAGAACGCAGAGUUAGUGGUCAUACCUUCUCCGGGAGUGGGCCACCUUAUAUCGACUGUGGAGAUCUCCAAACUCCUCCUUAAUCGAGAUCAUCGACUGUCCAUCACCGUCCUCAUCAUGAAACUUCCCAUUGACUCCGGCGUCGACGGCUACAUCAAUUCACUCUCUGCCACCGCCACGCCACGAUUACGCUUCGUGGACCUCCACCUCCCUCAAGGCGAUUCAGCUUCACAGCCACAGGACCCUUCCUCCAAGUCCAAGUCCCCUCUCAGCUUCUUCGCAAACUUCAUGGACAGGCACAAGGCUCCUGUGAGAAACGUAGUCGCUGAACUCACUCGCUCCGACUCAUCGUCUCGACUCGCCGGGUUCAUCAUCGACAUGUUCUGCACCGCCAUGAUCGAUGUGGCGAACGAGUUCGGGGUUCCAACCUACGCUUUUUUCACGUCGGGUGCCGCCUUUCUUGGCCUGAAGCUCCAUCUUCAAUCUCUCAGUGACGAUCACCACCAGGAUAUUACUGAGUUGAAGAACACGGAAACCGAGUUGAGAAUACCGAGUUUCACAAACCCAGUUCCGGUUAGGGUUUUGCCUUCUGUGGUGGCUGAUAAAGCAGGUGGGUCCACAAUGGUGAUUACUCACGCCAGAAGGCUGAGAGAAACAAAGGGCAUUAUGGUCAAUACAUUCAUGGAGCUGGAAUCGUAUGCGGUUGAGUACUUCUUGAACAGUGACAAGACCCCACCAAUCUUUCCGGUGGGGCCCAUUCUCAACCUCAGUGACGGUGGUGAUGAUAUUCGCACCAAGCAAUCAAGACCAAUCAUGGAGUGGUUGGACCACCAGCCUCCAUCAUCGGUUGUGUUCCUGUGCUUCGGCAGCAUGGGAUGCUUCGAAGAGGACCAGGUGAAGGAGAUAGCUCAAGCCCUCGAGAACAGUGGCCACCGGUUCUUGUGGUCGCUCCGGCGGCCUCCGUCGAAGGAGAAGAAUAAGAUGCAGCUUCCGAGCGACUAUGAAAAUCCAAGCGAAGUCUUGCCGGAAGGGUUCCUAGAACGUACGACCGAAGUGGGGAAAGUGAUCGGAUGGGCCCCACAAGUGGCGGUGCUAUCCCACCCGGCGACCGGAGGUUUCGUGUCUCACUGCGGGUGGAAUUCGACGCUGGAGAGCGUGUGGUGCGGCGUUCCCAUGGCGACUUGGCCACUGUACGCAGAGCAGCAGAUGAAUGCGUUCGAGAUGGUGACGGAGCUGGAAAUUGCGGUGGAGAUUAAGAUGGACUAUUUCAAGGGCUUCCAUGGUGAUGAGGAUAAGAAGCCAGAAAUCUUGAGCGCUGAUCUAAUAGAGGGUGGAAUAAGGCGAUUGAUGAUGGGUGGUGAGAGUGAAAUUAGGAAGAAGGUGAAGGAGAUGAGAGAGAAAAGUAGGGUGGCCAUGGCGGAGGGUGGGUCAUCGUACAAUACAAUAGGAAGAUUGAUUGAGGAGGUCAUGAACAGCAUUGCCUGA